AAAGAAAAAAAAUUGUACCGUUAAAGAAAAUUUGAAAAUGGAUCCCUCUCAACUUUUUUCCCUCUUUGAAAUCAAAAACCUCACUAUCUCUCUCCAUUCUCACUGAAACAAUAAUGAAACUCAAUUUCAACUCUAACUAGGAACCCUAAAACCACCAUUAUCACCACCACUAGAAUCCCCAAUUUAAUUGUAAACUCUAAUUAAUUGAUUUCAAAUGCAAGAACUCUUCGGAUCAGUUCGUCGAUCUUUGGUUUUCCGAACCUCAACAUCUUCUUCUCCAACUGCAGAUAAGGACGUUGGUUUUGGUGGGUUUGUUGAUAAGAUUGGAUCCUCCAUUCGUAAAUCGCGAAUUGGACUAUUCGCGACGAAAUCUCCUGUAAGAGCGAUACCAUAUUCUCCUGUUAAAGAGAAUAUGCCUCCGAUUCCAACAGUUAAAGAUGAAGCUCCACCUAUUCGAUGGCGGAAGGGUGAGUUGAUUGGUUGCGGUGCGUUUGGGAGAGUUUAUAUGGGGAUGAAUCUUGAUUCUGGUGAACUCCUUGCUGUUAAGCAGGUUCUGAUUGCUUCUGGUGGUGGUGCUUCCAGAGAGAAAGCUCAGGCUCACAUAAGGGAGUUGGAAGAGGAAGUGAAGCUUCUUAAGAACCUAUCACAUCCAAAUAUUGUUAGAUACUUGGGGACUGCAAGAGAAGAGGAGGCUUUAAAUAUUUUAUUGGAAUUUGUUCCGGGUGGAUCAAUUUCCUCCCUUCUGGGCAAGUUUGGAUCAUUUCCCGAGUCUGUCAUAAGAAUGUAUUCUAAGCAACUGCUACUCGGGUUGGAAUACCUACAUAAAAAUGGAAUUAUGCAUAGGGAUAUUAAGGGUGCAAACAUACUUGUUGACAAUAAAGGAUGUAUUAAGCUUGCAGAUUUUGGUGCUUCCAAGAAAGUUGUUGAGCUGGCUACUAUGACUGGGGCAAAGUCAAUGAAGGGUACGCCAUACUGGAUGGCGCCUGAAGUCAUUCUUCAAACAGGGCAUAACUCUUCUGCUGAUAUAUGGAGUGUUGGCUGUACAAUAAUCGAAAUGGCCACGGGAAAGCCUCCUUGGUGUCAGUAUCAGGAGGUGCAAGCACUGUUCCAUAUUGGUACUACCAAGUCUCAUCCCCCUAUUCCUGAACACCUUUCAGCUGAAGCAAAGGAUUUUCUGUCCAAGUGCUUACAGAAGGAACCAUGCUUAAGGGCAUCUGCUUCUGAACUUCUGCAGCAUCCGUUUGUUACUGCAGAAUAUCGAGAAUCCCAGCAUGUUUCUCGCCGUUCAGUUAUGGAAAAUAGUGGAAAUCAAGCAGUAUCUACACCAGUAGAUCAAAAGGGCACGAGAAGCAAUGUAAUGAGGUCAAUAAGUGGUGGUCUAAAAGACAUAUGCAACAUGGGUAGCGUGAGGUGUUCAACGGUUUAUCCUGAGAAGUUUGGCAUUAGUCCUCUUUGGGGCACAAGUACAAGUGACGAUGACAUGUGUAUUAUAGAUGAUAAAGAUGACUUUUCUGUAGGUGCAUCUGCACAACCAAAAUUUUCAAUGCUUGAUGACUUCAGUAAGAGUUUCAAUCCAAUGUGUGAGCCAAAUGAAGAUUGGCCAUGCAAAUUGGAUGAUAGUCCUGAGGUUGGAAAAAGCAACCUAGACUUAUUUACAAGGGAAGAUAAUGAAACUAUUGGAGCAUCUUGUCAUGAAGAAACUGAGUUUGCAUUUCCAAGUGAAGGGUUGGGUGAUGAUGAUGAAGAAGUUACAGAGUCAAAAAUUAGAGCAUUUUUGGAUGAAAAGGCUUUUGAUCUCAAGAAAUUGCAAGAAGAGUUCUAUAGUACAUUAAAUGUGCCCUCCCCAAAAGCUUUUGGUGUCAUGGAUGGUGAUACCGCCACUAAUUUUUCUAUGAAAUAUAAAUCCCCUGCUCCGGUACCCAGCAGGCGACAAUCUACAACAACAGAUGUUUCCAAGAACGUGAGCCCAGUUCACAGACCUACCCAAGAUAUGGAUGAUGCUAAAGAACAACCUCUAAAAGAGCUUCCUGAGAUUAGAGAGCUACAAAAAGAAGGUUAUAUUUCAAGCUCUGAGAGGCAAAGAAAGUGGAAGGAAGAGCUUGACAAAGAACUUGAGAUGGAAAGAGAGCGACUUGCAGAAAGAUUGCGACAAGCAGGAGGAACUAAAACCUCAUCACCAAACAAGCGGAUUCCUUGUCAACAAAGGGAACGGUUACCUUUUGCAUCUUCGCCAAAAUGAGAAUUUUUUUUCGGUCUCUAGCCAUGAUGCUUUGAGUAAGUUGUGCUUGCGAGGAAAGCACCCAUGUAUCUAGCAGUAUUUUUGGUAAAGAAAGUUGCGUGUUAAAAUAAUACUUCAUUCCAUAUAGCGCCUUCCUAGCAGUCGUCUUCCCAAGGUUAACAGCUCUACAAGUUGAUCAACUGUACCAAGUUGAUCAAAUUAUAUUUUGGGUCUGUUAUGUAUUUCCUUAUAUCUACUGCUCUCAGCCGCGAUUUGUAUGUUUUUAUGGUGAUUACUAAAGGAUGUGAUACUGAGUCUUAUUUGUCGAUGGUGAACGUUUUUAUAGCAAUGUAUAAAGGAGUUGAUAAACGAUUAAUGUAUAAUGCUCCAGAAGUUGAGUGAAGAGCUUAAAGCCAACUUGUUUGUCUA